UACUUGUACUUAUGUCAUAUUUGCCCUCCAAAUGGAAAAAACAAAAACAAAUUUUAAAAGUGCCCAUAAAGUACCUUAAAUGAUAAAUCAGUCACCAGAAUUGAUGGCUGGUGAUUGUGUAUCGAUCAAAUAAAAAACCUUUGACAGUUUUUAAUCAACUAAUAAUUGUUUCCGGCUUAUAUCGUCAGUGUCCAUUACUUUCUGUUUAAGACCUGUCUUCUACCAUGUAGGCUUCAAGUGGAGCUGAUGAAUGAACACAAUGAGGAAAUAAUUCAAGUAUUUCAGUGAACAUGUGACAUAAAGUUACAAAACGUUCCAUAUGAGAAUUGAAGUCACAUGACACUUGUGUUCCUCCUCUUCUUCUUCUUCUUCUUCCUGUGACACUGCACAGUGGAAAUAAACGUGCACACGCAUCGGCAAGCACGCACGCACACACACGCGCGCCUCCCUUUCCCGAUCGCCCAACCCCCCACAACACACCAGGCCCCGCCCCCUCACUCUCACACCAACAUGACGACCAACCACAACCUUCGCUGCUCACGCCGGGGCAUCAUGGGACUUGUAGUGCGCGCUGCCCAAUCCGGUUCGGGAAGGCGAGGCCUCGUCAAAAUACAACUCCCAUCUCGACCCUCGCACGCCGAGCCCCGUCGUCCAAUCUGAAUAUGUGGGAGGAGCGCGUCCGCCCACAAAAGCCACAGCCAUCUCCCCCAUAUCUCCCCCUUUUAAAAUAAUCAACCGUGCACGGAGGAAAAAAAGGGGAAUACGCGAAAAAUACAAACGGCGCUGAAGGUUUGUUUUCGGUGCGCGACGGACGGAGACGAGGCGUCCGCGCGGCGACCGGAGCAGCGGCGGCGGCGGGCAGGAGCGGCGGAGAGGGUGUUGUCCUGAUGCUUAAAUGGAAGUGGGUGGGCCUCCACGGUCACACACCGACAACUUCUCUGUGGAGACCGUCCUGACAAGCGCCAAUUUGCUCGUUUAUGGUGCGUCCAUCCGGUGAGAGAGGCGCACGACGGGGCUGCGAGAGGUGACGCCGCGCCGGGGACCGUCGCCGUGUUCCCCGUCAUUACCGUUAUCCGGCACUGCCUUGGUUGUACCCCGCGCUUGGCACCGCCCUUCCUGGCCGGUGGGUGGUUUCGUCAAACGGGCAGAUCCGCCACGGCCCACCGUCGAACACAUAGGCCGUCCUCCGCCUCUGUGCCCGGCCGGCCUUCUACCGUGAACUACACCCUCUCCCCCUCGGUAUAUUAAUGCGUUAUGAGUGACUCCAAGAAGGAAUCAUCUGGAACUGAAGGAGGGAAAGCAUCUAAAAAGGGGAAAAGUUCUGGAUCGCAGGAUUCCUCUCAGCCCUCUCCAUUGGCUCUGCUAGCAGCCACCUGCAGUAAGAUCGGAGGGCAGGGGGGUGUGGAGGGGGCCCAGGCAGGGGCGCAGCAGUUCCAGGUCCAGACCGGUCAGAUCCAGCUGCAGACAGGUCAGCUCCAGGGUCAGAUAGUGGUGGACACAGCAGGGGGUCAGGCCCUGGUGCCCCAACAGCUGGAACUGGUCCCAGCUCAGUUCACAGGGAACGGCUGGCAAAUCAUUACAGCGGCUCCUACUAUGGCUAAGGAGAAUACCAAUCAGCCUGUUGCAGUGACGGUGGCCACCACCUUGGCUAAUGACAGCUCUCCCUGUGGACGUAAGGUGAAAGAGGUGAAGGCUGUGGCUGGGACCAACAGUGUUGCAGCCAAUCAGCAGCAGUUCCAGAUCAUCCAGGUUCAGAACCUGCCCAAUGCCGGUGGCGGGGUCCAGUAUCAGGUCAUCCCUCACCUGCAGACUGCAGAUGGGCAGCAGAUCCACAUCAGCUCGGCUCAGACGGCCUCCCUCGGGGGUCUAACAGAGCAAGUCCAGCUCAUCCAGACCCAGAGUCCAGGCCAGACCAUCCUCCAGUCAGCCAAUCAGCAGGCCAUUUUGACAACUACAGCCAAUCAGACAGUCCCACUGCAGAUCCGUCCUGCACAGUCGUUCCCGCUGCAACUGCAGACUCUGCAGACUCUGCAGGGCUCCCAGGCUCCUGUUAUGACCACGGUACCCAUAAACCUCGGUGGCAUGACCCUGGCUCUGCCUGUGAUCAAUAAUGUCGGAGGGGGCGGGGCUGUGCAGCUCAUCCAAUCAGCAGAUGGCACAUUCUCUGUUGCCAAUGGCAACCAGCUGGUGACAACAGCAGUGUCCGGGAUGGCUCCUCCUACAGCAUCAAUUGGCUCGACAACAGCAGUAGCUGAAGGGGAAAGUGUGUCUGAAGCACAAGUGGUUUCUGCUGGAUCAGAGGGUGGGUCAGCUGACACACAAGUACAGAGCAGUGAGGCAGACUCUCAAAGCCAGAAUCAGGCCAACGGACUGCUGACCCAGACAGAUGCUACAGGAACCAUACAGCAGGUGAUCGUGGGUCAGGUGGGGCACCAGUUAGUGCAGCAGAUCCAGCUGCAGCCCCAGGGUCAGGGUCAGCAGCAACCUCAGCACAUUCAGACCCUCCAGCUAGCCCCCGGACAGACCCUUCAACCCAUCCAGGCUUUCCAGAACCCAGCCCAGGUCCUCAUCCGUACCCCGACACUGUCCCCCUCUGGGCAGAUCACCUGGCAGACGCUGCAGCUGCCUGGUGGCGUCUCCCUGCAGGGUGGCUUGGGGGCGGCAGUGCCACAGCAGCUGACACUGGCCCCGGUGGCUGGUGGGACGACGGUGGGGAGCGGAGGGCUGGUUUCCCUUAGUGGAGCCCCACUGACGCUGAGCGCAGCACAGAUCAACCCCGGGUCUGGGGUGCAGACAGUCAGCAUCGCAGGGCUGGGCACUGCUGGAGUUCAGGUGCAGGGUGUUCCCCUCACCAUCACUGGUCUACAGGGUCAACCACAGGGUCAGGAUGGGGUCAAAGUUCAGUCAUCUCCAGUGACAGUCGCCGUCAGCAAUGUGGCACCAGGCUCAUCAAUGAGUCCAGACCAGCUGGGCUCUGUACAAAGUUCUUCGGACCAGGAGGGACCCCCCAGCAAGAGGCUCAGACGCGUCGCCUGCUCUUGUCCAAACUGCAGGGACGGAGAGGGAAGGAACAGUGGGGACCCCACAAAGAAGAAGCAGCACAUCUGCCACAUGGAGGGCUGUGGGAAGGUGUACGGAAAGACAUCGCACCUGAGGGCCCACCUGCGCUGGCACACUGGCGAGAGGCCGUUUGUCUGUAACUGGAUCUUUUGUGGCAAGAGGUUCACCAGGAGCGAUGAGCUGCAGAGACACCGGAGAACACACACAGGAGAGAAGCGUUUCGAGUGUCCUGAAUGCUCCAAGCGCUUCAUGCGCAGCGACCACCUGUCCAAGCACAUCAAGACUCACCAGAACAAGAAGGGGGGCGCCGCCGUGGCAAUCAUCACCACCGACGACAUGGAGGAUGACGCCCCCGAAGGCCUCGCCACCUCCCCUCAGAUUGUCGCUGUGGCGACCCUCUCACGUGACUCUAACCCUGCUACACCCACCACUUCUAAUCCCCAGGAGGAGGAGGAGGAGGAAGAGGAGGAGUUUGAAUAAGUGGCUGACUGCUGUUUUCUUUGCUGAAGGCUGACUUCCUGUUCUUCUCAUUCUUUGCAGGGACUGUGAGGGUGGAUACUUUUUCUUUUCUUUUUUUGCUUUGACAUCAUUUUAAAAAAGUUCUCUCAUGAGAAAGGGACUCAAAAGAGAGACGGAAUCAAAUAAUGAACAGA